AAGAUGGUGAAUAUACAGUAUAUAAUUCCUGUCGCUUGUACUUCUAUUAAUGUGAAAUGAAGCUCAAUAUCCCGGGACUGUGAGUGUCGGCGGUUGAUGACAGGCUUUAGGACCCGAACAGAUCCUGGCAAUCUAGUUGGGUAAAAGGUCUGAGAGACACACGGGAGGUGGGAGGGAGGGUAUAUAUAUCAGGAAACACAGGAGAAAGUUCAAUCAGCGCUUAGUGGGUGUCAGGGAAGCAGAGAACUGAACUGACACUUGCUCUGACUUGCGGACAGUCCAGGGAAAAAGUUAUUGAGAACCAGUCACAUAGGAGAGUUGGGCAGUUAGACAGUUGAGUGAGUUGGGAAGUCGGCAGAUCUCGCCUCCCGCCUGCUGCCCCUUCCCCCUGGGAAGCGCCCCUCGCCGCCUCGGCGCCCCGCACUCUGGAUUCCCGCAGUUGCUCGCCAUGUUUCGCCGCCUUUAGAUAUCCUCCCAUGGAGCAGGGCACCUUCUACGAGGCUGAGCCGCGCCCCCCGGCCCCCAGCCAACACCAGCAACAGGAGCAACAACAGCCCGUCUAUGGCUACCGGGAGCCGAGCGCGGCGCUGGGCGACAUCUGUGACAACGAGAACUCCAUCGACAUCAGCGCCUACAUCGACCCGUCGGCGUUUAACGACGAGUUCCUGGCGGAUCUGUUCCACAGUAGCCAUAAGGCGCAGCCGGACAAGGUGAAGCGAGGCGCGGACUGCCAGCUAGCGGGGGGCCCCGGACCCCAGGGUCACCACCAGGCCUACAGCUGUAUGAGCGGCUACAUGGAAGCCAAAUUGGAGCCAAUGUUUGAGAGAAACUCCGGCCUCCGCUCGGUGGUGGUGAAGCAGGAGCCACGGGAGGAGCGGGGCUUCCCCAGGGCGAUGCCCGGAGCCAGACACCCACCGCCGCACCAGCCACUACCACCUCACCUGCAAUACCAGGUGGCUCACUGCGCGCAGACAGCGGUCCAUCUCCAGCCCGGCCACCCCACCCCGCCUCCCACGCCCGUGCCCAGCCCUCACCUCCCCGCCAGCGCGCUCAGACUGCCCCCGGGGGACAGGGACCGGGGCAAAGGCAAGAAAUCCGUGGACAAGUCGAGUAUGGAGUACCGCCUGCGCCGGGAGCGCAACAACAUCGCUGUGAGGAAGAGCCGUGACAAAGCCAAGCAGCGCAACAUGGAGACGCAGCACAAGGUGAUGGAGUUGGCCAACGAUAACGACAGACUGCGGAAGAAGGUGGAGCAUCUCAGCCGGGAGCUGGACACCCUCCGCGGCCUCUUCAGGCAACUCCCUGACGGCUCCCUGGUCAAAGCCAUGGGCGCCUGUGCCUGAGCCCCAGACCCAGCAACGACUCUCUUUGUAAAGAAAAAAAAAUCCAAAAAAAAAUGAGUUAUAACUUUUUAUAUGAGAAGCAGAGGCUGUGAGCCGUGUGACAAACUCGCACAACUAACUUUUUCUCUGGAGGGAGAGAGACGCCACAUUGUGCAAGAACUCAGCGAACAGCGGCCAAGAGCGGCUCUGGCUCCUGUACCGGGCACCGGGCACCGGGCACCGGGCCGGGGGGAGGCCACCCCCUGACUGUGAACAAGCGGGGGAUCAGCCACUGCCAACGCCGACAGCCCGGCACGGCUCGGCACGGCUCAGCUCGGCAGUCGUGCUCACACCUGGCGGGCGCCAGGACCCGGGGAGGAGCAGCGCUCAGUUUGACAGACUGGACAAUGUCGCAGACGGACUCUGCAGUAAUAAUGUUUAGUUUGACACAGCGCCGGAUCACGUUGUUGAGACGUCUCAAAGUGCUUCACAGGUUACACUGUAAAGUGUAGUGACUGUGUAUUUUGCGGGCGAUACUGUGAGCAUCAUGUGAAGUGUGUUGUGCGUGUUUAUAUUGUCUGCACAAUCGCGCUCGGAGGGUAAAGCCCCAGAGAGGCUGAGCUGCUGUGUUACGCUCAGCUUGUGAAGUCACUGGUCAGUGUUACUCUCAGCUUGUGAAGUCACUGGUCAGUGUUACUCUCAGCUUGUGAAGUCACUGGUUGUUCAGUGUUACUCUGAAGCUUGUGAAGUCACUGGUUGUUGCACACUGUCUGCCUCGGGAUACAGUAUAUAGUUUGGGACAUGACAUGUCAAGUGACUGCCAGGAU